AUGUCUCCCCGCUAUGGCGCCCUCGGCGCAACCUUCCAACUAUCCCGCCUCUUCGAAGCCUGCUCUCUAAUCGCUAUAAUCGGCAUGACAGCCAAAUUCAUCAGCGUAAUAAUCAACAACAACGCCACACCCCCAAACAUCCUAAUCUGCACAAUCAGCGUGACCAGCAUCGCAGCCAUCUACUGCAUAAUCACUGCAAUCCUAUACAUGGACGACAUCCUCCCAUUCCUAGCCUGUGCAGUACUAGAUGCCCUGAUUCUAAUCGCGCUGAUUGUCGUCGCCGUUAUCGUCGGCAAACCGCUCUCAUACUUGGAGUGCACAACGCUGGCGGAUCUGGGAGAUAAGGACGCUACAUCGUAUGCGUUUGCGUCCCGAAUUUCGAGUUAUAUUGCUAGCGUUAGUGGGAAGAUGGAUUACGCCUCGUGGAUUGGGGCCUCGAAGGGGAUUUGCAUUGAGACGAAGGCUAUUUGGGGGUUGAGUAUUGGGCUUUGUAUUCUCUUUUUCUUCUCUGUUAUUUGCAAUAUCUGUUUGUGGCUGCAGAAGAAGAAGGCCCUUGCUGUGAAGAGUUUGGAGUAA